AUGUCAAACUUUUUAUCAUUGCCUUUCUUACAUCUUUCUACAGAAUCAUCUAUUUUUGGCUUUUCUUUUUGUCAUCUUUCUUUUUAUAUUUUCAUAUCUAUAAAGAUACAUCUGAAUUCUGAUAAGUACACUGCUCUUGGCAAACGUACAGUAUAUAACACUAUCUAUCUAUCUAUCUAUCACAGCACAUUCAUAUUUAUCUAUCUAUAUAUCUAUCUAUCACAGCACAUUCAUUAUCUAUCUAUCUAUUGCGUCACAUUCAUAUUUAUCUAUCUAUCUAUUUAUCUAUCUAUCUAUCUAUCACAGUACAUUCAUUAUCUAUCUAUCUAUCUAUCACAGCACAUUCAUUAUCUAUCUAUUGCAUCACAUUCAUAUUUAUCUAUCUAUCUAUCUAUCUAUCUAUCUAAGCACAUUCAUUAUCUAUCUAUCUAUCUAUUGCAUCACAUUCAUAUUUAUCUAUCUAUCUAUCUAUCUAUCUAUCAAUCACAUUCAUUAUCUAUCUAUCUAUCUAUCUAUCUAUCUAUCACAGCACAUUCAUUAUCUAUCUAUCUAUCUAUCUAUCAAUCACAUUCAUUAUCUAUCUAUCUAUCUAUCUAUCUAUCACAGCACAUUCAUUAUCUAUCUAUCUAUCUAUCUAUCUAUCUAUCUAUCUAUCUAUCUGUUGCAACCUAG